UUAAUAAUUUCGAGCGUGUUACUAAUUAUUUAUUAGAAAGUGAGUAUGGACGACGAAAUGGUUAAAUAAUAUUUUAUUUGUUGUUGGUGAACUCUCAAAGUAAUCGUUCCUUUCCCAUUCGGAGAAAUUCUUUAUCUUUUUCCUUUCGUCAUUUACCGAUGGAGGAGCGCACAUUUCUAACCUAGUUACAGAGUCCGUAUUACGGUUGGACGUCAUAUCGACCGAAUCUUCUGUGACGUAAAAUUAUUCCCGCCAACGGAAAACGCCAUUUGUCAAAAACUUUGAAAGUUGUUUUUCAACUGCGUGAAUAAUGUGGGUUUGAUUGUCGUCAUUCAUCAGAAGUUUCUACGAAACGGUUCAGUACAUACAGACAAAUGUUAUUCUAAUUGAGCAUAAUAAUUAACACAGCCCUUAGAUGGCCGAUAACGAAGUCGCCUCAAUUUGUAAAUUUCCUACGUUAAGAUGAAAACAAAGGGGACCAAAAAGAAAGGAGCGUUCUAUCCCGAGGAAAGUUUGGCUGGAGAUGACUGAACAAGAUUCAUUGAGUUUUUCAAGAUAAUAAUUGCUGGUACUACAUUUUUUUAAAAAUGGAUCAUACGGUGACAAUGGCAGAAUUAGACUGCAACAUCGAAAGUAUUCUGGAAAGUAAUGAAAAAACAGAAGCAAUCCUAAAGCUCAUGACAGAAUUGUUCAGUCAAUUCACAUGUCACCUCUCCAAUGUCAUCGAAGAGCAUCUUUCAGAAGAAAAUGAGCAUGUAAGGAAGAUUGCGGAGCAAGCGGAAAAGAUUGCCCAGUUGCAUGAACAAGAUCAAGAUUUAAAAUCUAAGUUGAACGCAAUGCAGUUGCAACAAAAAAUUGUGGAUAAGAAAAUCAGUGAUAAAACUAAAUAUCACGAACAGAUAAGAAAUGACAUCGAACAGAUGAAAUCGCAAAAGGACAGUUUCUCACUGGAGAUAAUUGAUUUAGGACAAGAAAUCGAAGCAAGGAAAAAAGAAACAACCGCUCGUCAUGAUGCUCUUAAAAGAGCAUGCAGUGCAUAUAAAACAUAUCUCGAUUUUCAUAUCAGUCUGGAGAUAGUGAACGACCAGGAGCAAGUUAGGAUUUCGUUCUUCGCAUCAGAAACCAACGAAGACAAGAAGUUCUUUGUUGAUCUUCUUUCGUCAAGCGAUAGCUGGAAAGUUCAGCAGAUCCGACCAACUCUGGAGAAUCGACAGUGGGAAGAUCUGAAAAGUGUUCUGACUGCUUCCAAAGAAUUCAAGCAAUCCAAGAUUACAGCAUUCCUCUGCUUAUUAAGGAAUAUCUUCUUGAAGCACUAUUUAAAACCCUGACCAUUGCCAACGGUUCGCUCCCUUACGUUAAGAUACGAAGUAUGGAUAAGUACUAACCGCAAACUUAGAAGAGUAAAGCCUUUAUUAAUAAAAAUUAAGAUAUCUAAAAA